AUGUCGUCCAACCGGAAGUCAUUCGACAACGACGGCAUCGCCACCGUCUCCAAGUCGUACCCCGUCGAGGCGGCUUCGGAAGGUGACGCAUCUAAGACGGCUUCGAUCCACGAUGGCGAGGGGGCUAAAUCGCACCGCAGCCGGAAGACAUCUCCGUUUGAGGUGCCAGUAGGCCAAGCAGGCGUCGGCGCUGUCUCGCGGAAACUUAGCAGCCGCCACAUCCAGAUGAUUGGUAUCGGCGGUGGUAUCGGUACCGGUCUUUUCGUCGGCUCUGGUAUCGCGCUCGCCAACGCAGGUCCGGUCGGUGUCCUGCUUGCCUACAUCAUCACUGGUGCCAUGAUUUUCGGCGUUAUGGAAGGCCUCGCGGAGAUGUCUUCGUACCUGCCCGUCAGUGGGUCCUUCAUGCACUUCGCCGGCCGCUUCGUUGAUCCCUCCCUGGGUAUGGCCAUGGGCUGGAACUAUUGGUGGUGCUACGCUAUCGGUUGGGCCUCAGAGCUUUCUGCCGCGUCCGCCGUCAUUGGCUACUGGAACCAGGACAUCAACAUCGCCGCUUGGAUCUCGAUCAUGAUGGUCGUCGGCGCUCUGCUCAACUUUGCCGGCGUCAACAUCUACGGCGAGUCCGAGGUCAUCACCUCGACCAUCAAGCUGCUCGCCUUCAUUAUGCUUAUCAUCUUCGGUCUCGUCAUCGACCUCGGCGGCGGACCCAAACAUGAUCGACUCGGCUUCCGCUACUGGAAGAACCCCGGCACUUUCAACCAGUACAACGACAUCAGCGGCGCCGAAGGACGCUUCCUUGGAUUCUUCAGUGCAUUCCUCCAAUCUGCUUUUACUUAUAUAGGUACGGAAACCGUGGUUCUGGCUGCAGGCGAAGCGAAAAACCCUUCUACGCAAAUUCCAAAAGCCGCGAAGAGGGUGCUGUACCGCAUUCUCUUCUUCUACAUUCUGGGUAUCGCGAUCAUGGGUCUGAUCGUGCCCUACAACGACCCUGGACUCAAGAGCGACGGCUCGUACACGGGCGCUUCGCCCUGGAUCGUUGCCAUGAACAAUGCCGGAGUCCUCGUCUUGCCGCACAUCUUCAAUGCUGUAGUCUUGGUCUCAGCAUUCUCUGCCGGCUCCUCGUACGUCUAUGUAGCGAGUCGAACUCUGUACGCUAUGGCCCUGGACCACCAGGCGCCUGGCUUCUUCCGCCGCGUUGACAAGCGAGGCAUCCCUUACAUCGCUGUCUUGUUCUCGUGGCUGGUGGGCGCCUUGUCGUACCUCGGUAUCUCGAAAGGCGGUGGCACCGUCUUCUCGUGGCUCUCGGCGCUCUCGGCCGUCGCAGGUCUCUUCGCUUGGGGUACCUGCUGCUACGCUUACCUCCGUUUCAGGAAGGCAUACUCGCUUCAGGGCUACGAUCGCGCAGCGCUUCCUUACCGCGCAAGGCUGCAGCCCUACGCGAGCUGGUUCAGCAUCAUCAUGUGCGCCAUCGUCAUCUUCUUCAGCGGCUGGUCGGUCUUCUUGAAGGGCAACUUUACCGCGAGUGGGUUCCUGACGAGCUACCUGGGCGUGCCCGUGUUCUUCGUUCCCUGGAUCGGCUGGAAGCUGUGGCACAAGACCAAGGUGGUCAAGCUCACCGAGAUUGAUCUCGACUCGGGCAGGUUGAGGCCACAGGACGAGGUCAAGGAGGAAGUGCCAACAACCGCCUGGGGCAAGUUCUGGGCUUGGGUCUUCUAA